GAAAGACGCUCGUGAGGAAUUUAACCCUGCGACCAUAAAAAAACAAACGAGUGGACUGAUUUCGCGAUAAAGAAUGAACUCAAUUUAACUUUUCCCAUGUCUUUUUUAAUUUGACCUUUAGUUGAGCCACCUACCAACCCUGCUAUUUGUAUGGACUAAAGAAUUUCUUUCUCCCUGAAAUCAAGAUGAUGGCUAAUCAUUCUGACAAUAGCAAAGCUUCAGAUAACCAAGAUGCAAACACAGGAAAACACUUGGAUGCAGGUGCUAUAUUUGUGUUGGAAUCCAAAGGUACAUGGCUCCAUGCUGGCUAUCAUUUGACAACCUCCAUAGUUGGAGGUCCAGUUCUGAGCCUCCCAUUUGCAUUUGCAUCCUUAGGAUGGGGUGCAGGAAUAGUAUUACUGGCCAUUGGAGCAGCAGUUACCUUCUAUUCCUACAAUCUCUUGUCACUGGUGCUGGAACAUCUAGAGUUUAAGGGCAACAGACACCUAAGGUUUAGUGAUAUGACCACAGAGAUUAUGGGCCCAAGAUGGGGUCGUUUGGUGGUGGGACCACUGCAGUUUGCAGUCUGCAGUGGAGCUGUUGUUUCAUGCACUCUUCUUGGAGGUCAGAGUUUGAAGUUCUUAUAUAAAAUCUAUCAUCCAAAUGGGGAGAUGCAGUUGUACCAAUUUAUAAUUCUUUUUGGAGGGCUGAUGCUUCUGCUGGCUCAAAUGCCGUCCUUUCAUUCACUGAGAUAUAUAAAUCUAGCAUCUCUGCUGCUGUGCUUUUCCUUUACUGCAUGCGCUGUGGGAGGUUCCAUCCAUGCAGGAAUCUCAAGUGAUGCAGAGAACAGGGACUACAGUUUAGUUGGCAGUAAAACAGGCAAAUUACUUGCGGCUUUUAACUCUUUCUCAAUAGUUGCAACAACUUAUGGCAAUGGAAUCCUUCCCGAAAUUCAGGCCACUAUAGCUCCCCCAGUUUCAGGAAAAAUGUUCAAAGCACUGUGUGUGUGUUAUACAGUGGUUGUGUCCACCUACUUCUCUGCUGCAAUUUCAGGCUACUGGGCCUUCGGCAACAAUGCCCAAGGGACAAUUUAUAGCAACUUUGCGCCUGCAGGAAGGCCAGCUUAUGUUCCCAACUGGUUUCUCUUCAUGGCCAACAUUUUUAUCCUUCUGCAAACAUCCACAGUAACUCUGACUUAUUUCCAACCAGCAUUUGCAGCUCUCGAAAGCAGAUCUGCAGAUGUAGAGAAAGGGAGAUUUUCUAUGCGAAAUGUUAUUCCCAGAUUGAUUGUAAGAUCUUUUUGGGUGGCAAUUGUAACUUUGGUGGCUGCCAUGCUGCCAUUUUUUGGAGAUAUUAAUGCGGUGAUGGGUGCUUUUGGGAUUAUGCCAUUGGACUUUAUUUUACCAAUGGUGCUCUACAACAUAACAUUCAAGCCUUCCCGAAGGAGCUUACUUUUCUGGGUGAAUGGCUCGAUUGGUGUCUUGUUUUCUGUUGUGGGAAUUCUGAGCUGCUUUGCAGCCGCCAGACAAAUCGUCCUAGAUGCUAACACCUACAAACUCUUCGCCAAUAUAUGAUCUCUUUAGUUUCAGGUGCAGUAGAGAUCGACCCAAAGGAGCAGGGAAACCCUUUAUAUUUUGGAAAAAAAAAUACUGAAUGAGGGGUGGGUUGUUUGUUGUUUCUUUCUGGAAUUUGGAGGAAGUUCUCGAGAAGGAAGAUUUUUGCAGAGAUGGAAGUUUGGGGGUUUUGUUUUAUGGGGUUGUGCAUUGUUGAGAGCUGGAUCUGGAAGCUUCGUCGUAGGUUCAUUACCAAGAAGGCGAUUUAAGAUAGGGAUUUAAAUCCCUUGUUGAUUGUGUCUUUCCUUUGUAUACUUUGUAAGGAAAAUUAGUUGUUGUUUGUGAAAGAUUGUUUCAAACCUAUGUAUUUGGUUUCUGGAAUAUUUGAU